AGGGUGACGACUCGGAUGAGGAAGACCUGUGCCUCAGCAACAAGUGGACUUUCCAGAGGACCAGCCGCAGAUGGUCCCGUGUGGACGACCCUCACGCCCCCCUCCCGGGGGCAGGCGGGAACGGGUCCCCGGGAGCCCCGGAGAUGAGAGACACUGCCAUCAGCGAGGGCGUGCUCGCGGACCGGAGGAGCGAUACCCUGAGCACGAGGGGUGCGCGGGGGAGGCUUGAGGGGCAGGGGCACGCCAGCGGCCAGGCCAUCAUCACGCCCGUGUCGCAGCAGCAAGAGCCGGAGUCCUUUAAGGCUAUGUCACCGCAGCGGGAGCUGGAGUCCUUUAAGGCUAUGUCACCGCAGCCGGAGUCCUUUAAGGCUAUGUCACCGCAGCCGGAGUCCUUUAAGGCUAUGUCGCAGCAGGAAUCCUUUAAGGCUAUGAUGCAGCAGCAGGAAUCCUUUAAGGCUAUGUCGCUGGAGUCCUUUAAGGCUAUGUCCCAGCAGCGGGAGCCAGAGUCCUUUAAGGCUAUGAUGCAGCAGCCGGAAUCCUUUAAGGCUAUGUCGCCACAGCAGGAGCAGGAGUCCUUUAAGGCUAUGUCACCGGAGCAGGACUCCUUUAAGGCUAUCGUGCAGCAGCAGGAGCCGGAGUCCUUUAAGGCUAUCACGCAGCAGCAAGAGCCGGAGUCCUUUAAGGCUAUGUCACUGCAGCCAGAAUCCUUUAAGGCUAUGUCACCGCAGCCGGAGUCCUUUAAGGCUAUGUCACAGGAGUCCUUUAAAGCUAUGUCACCGCAGCCAGAGUCCUUUAAGGUUAUGUCGCAGCAGCAGGAGCCGGAGUCCUUUAAGGCUAUGACACCGCAGCCGGAGUCCUUUAAGGCUAUGUCACCGCAGCCGGAGUCCUUUAAGGCUAUGUCGCAGGAGUCCUUUAAGGCUAUGAUACAGGAGCUGGAGUCCUUUAAGGCUAUGUCACCGCAGAAGGAGCCCUUUAAGGCUACGCCGCCCCCGCAGGUCCCCAACGGACACGCGCAGGCGCCCCCCCGCGGGAGGGGCCGCCCCGGGGCCACCUCCAAGCGCGGGGGCGUGUACCUGGAGGACCUGGACGUGCUGGCGGGGACCCCCGGGGGCCGUCGCGGGUUCCGCUCCCAGGAGGACCUGCUGUUCCUCGUGCCCGAGGACCACACGCCGGGCACCUUCCCCAAGGCCCUGUCCGUCGAGAGCCUGUCCCCCGCCGGGGGCGACGGGGCUGGGUGGAGGACCACGGGCCACGGGGAGGACUCCCCGCCCCGCGCCCCCCGAGCGGGCAGCAGGGUCAGCGUCUACGACAACGUGCCGGGGUCCCACCUGUACGCCAGCACGGGGGACCUGCUGGACCUGGAGAGGGACGGACUCCUCCCCGGGCUGGGGCCCAUCCUCCCCCCAGGGACGCCCCCCCCGGGCCCGUCACCCCCGUCGCCGUCGCCUCCUGACCGUCAAAGGGCCUCGUCCCCCACCGGGCCGGGCGG